GGGAGAGGGAGAGAUUCAGUGCAUAGUUUGGCUUUUUCAUGAAUGUCACAUUGUUUGAAUAUCUCUCUGAAUUGGGUUUUCUCCUCAGAUGUCGUCUACGGAUUUGCUGCUGCAUUCGAGGUGGGUGAUCGGAUAGGAGAUUCGGUGACUGAAAUGACAAUGUGAGAAGAGAAAGGGAAGUGGGUAUUCGUAAAAAUGAGCAAAGAAGGCGGUGGCGCAACCAAGGCCUGGGAAGCAACGGUUAGGAAAUCACAAGCGGCUGUGAGAAGGCGAGGAACGAGCUUUUUCACAACAAUGCCAGUAGCCCAUGUUGAUGACGACGAAGAUGGCGGUGCUGUUGGGGCUGCCGGCACUGGCCAGGUCUACCACACAGAGCGAGUCUUCGCCCAUGGCGACUUUUACACAGGCCAAUGGUCUGACAACCUUCCUCACGGCAAUGGCAAGUACUUAUGGACCGAUGGUUGUAUGUAUGUUGGCGAAUGGUUCAGAGGCAAAACCAUGGGGAGAGGCAAAUUCAGUUGGCCUUCAGGGGCUACUUAUGAAGGAGAAUUCAAGGGCGGUUACAUGGACGGCAAAGGCACCUAUACGGGUUCAAACGGCGAUACCUAUAGAGGCUCAUGGGUCAUGAACCUCAAGCAUGGCCAAGGCACCAAGCAUUACGCCAAUGGAGAUUACUAUGAGGGUGAGUGGCGCCGUGGCCAGCAAGAUGGCCAUGGCAGGUAUCAGUGGAAGAACGGCAACCAUUACAUUGGGCAGUGGAAGAUUGGUGUCUUUAAUGGCAAUGGAACUCUGAUUUGGGUUUCUGGGAAUCGAUAUGAUGGGUUUUGGGAAGAUGGGUUGCCUAGAGGGAAUGGCACCUUUAGGUGGGCUGAUGGGAGCUUCUAUGUGGGUACCUGGAGUAAGGACCCCAAAGAACAGAGUGGAACUUAUUAUCCUUCCACCGCCACUGCCUCGCCUCCCGGCAAUAUGGAUUGGGAUCCUCAGGAAGUUUUCUCUGUUGGUUUGAAGGAUUGUAAGAUUUGUCCUGGUGAGGUGGUCUCGAUUUUGCCGUCUCAAAAGAUGUUGAAUUGGUCUGGCAUGGAUGCCAGUGGCAAGCCAAGGAGGAUGUCGGUCGAUGGAAGGAUCAUUAAUGUUGGCAGCGAUAAGAGGCUUGAUAGGUUCUGUAUCUGGGAAUCAGAUGGGGACAUUACUUGUGAUAUUGUUGAUGCAAAUAAGAUGGGAGGGAGAGAAGUGGAGGAUGGGUUGGGGGCUCUCCAGCUUGAAGAUGCAGAGACCAGAGGAACAAGACUACAACCUCUGAAGUUGCUACCAAGGGAAAUGAAGAAACAGGGUGUGACAAUUUCCAAGGGGCAUAAGAACUAUGAGCUCAUGCUCAAUCUGCAGUUGGGGAUCAGGCAUUCCGUGGGAAAACCUGCACCAGCAACAUCCCUUGAUCUGAGGUCUUCAGCAUUUGACCCCAAGGAAAAAGUCUGGACAAAGUUUCCUCCUGAGGGAAGCAAACAUACUCCACCACACCAAUCAUGUGAAUUCAAAUGGAAGGAUUAUUGCCCCUUGGUUUUCCGGACUCUCCGGAAGUUGUUCAAGGUGGAUGCAGCUGAUUACAUGUUGUCUAUAUGUGGAAAUGAUGCACUCCGGGAGCUCUCUUCUCCUGGUAAAAGUGGAAGCUUCUUCUAUUUGACCCAUGAUGACCGCUACAUGAUAAAGACAAUGAAGAAGUCAGAAGUAAAGGUGCUUGUAAGGAUGCUUCCAGCCUACUAUAAUCAUGUUCGGGCUUUUGAAAAUACUUUAGUUACCAAAUUUUUUGGUUUGCAUUGUGUAAAAUUAACUGGUGCUACGCAGAAGAAGGUUCGCUUCGUUAUAAUGGGAAAUCUGUUCUGUUCUGAGUACCUCAUUCACAGGCGCUUUGACUUGAAAGGCUCCUCCCAUGGCCGUAUAACAGAUAAACCUGAGGCAGAGAUUGAUGGGAAUACAACUCUCAAGGACCUGGAUCUUAACUUUAUAUUUCGACUUCAGAAAGCAUGGUACCAAGAACUUUACAGGCAAGUGGAUCGGGACUGUGAGUUUCUUGAACAAGAAAGAAUUAUGGAUUACAGUCUCUUGGUGGGUCUUCACUUCAGAGAUACAACAUCAUACACUAUGGACCAAGCAAAUGAGGGUCGUCUCUCUGGAGUUCGAACCCCUAUUGGUAAUGGUGACCUUGAUGGCGAGUCUGGAGGCCCUCGUCUUUCAAGAGUAGACAUGGAUCAGCUUCUUCUUGAUCCCAGCCGGUGGGCAACAAUCAGAUUGGGUGUGAACAUGCCAGCAAGGGUUGAACAGACUGUUAGAAGAAAUGACUUUGAAACUCAGCUGGUUGGAGAGCCAACAGGAGAGUUCUUUGAUGUGAUCUUGUACUUUGGUAUCAUUGAUAUACUACAAGACUAUGAUAUCAGCAAGAAGCUUGAGCAUGCGUACAAGUCCAUCCAGUAUGAUCCAACCUCAAUAUCAGCUGUCGAUCCACGGCAAUAUUCUAAACGCUUCCGUGAUUUUAUAUUCAAAAUAUUUACAGAAGACACCUGAAAGAGUUGGAUGAAAGGCGCUGUGAACUUUGCAUCUGUAGUGGUUUGAUGCCUUAUUUUGCCAGCCAAGGUUAUGCCAAAUGCUUGUGCUUGCUGGUCAAUGUAUAGUCAGUCUCAGUGACAAUCAGCUCACCGCCAAAAUGUUGACAUGGGCCCUUAGAAGAUCAGCUGUGGCUGCCAGAGUUGCAUGCUGGACAAUUUGCCAUUGCAUUUCUCUCCUUCACUCCCUCUAUAUAUUAUUCUAGUAUGUAAUAUGUUUUGGCAAAGGUAUAGAUUAACUUCAUAACCUGAAAAUGCGAAAGCCCAUUUGUAAAUGAAUUUGCCGGAGGAUAAACCUGUAUCGGAAGAUAUUCUUUUUUGUACCAAGUUUUUUGUUUUGGUCUCAGAAGAUGUAGAGGAGUCUCUGGGAUUUUACAUUGAAUAAAAAUGUACAGAGAGGAAUUUGGAAUUGAACUCCUUUUUUGUCACAGAAACUAUGUAUUUAUCUUCAUCGAAAUAUUUUCAGGAUCAAAAUCACCAGUAGUUGCUGAAAAAUU